UGCAUCCAAUUGUGAACCGUUAUCACUGCCAACAAAAUCUCAUCGUGCUUUACAUGCAGACCGUCCAGGAAGAGUCUGACGAAGAAAACGAUGACUUCAACGAUGAUGACGCACAGCUGCAUCAAUAACCAGGGUCAGGAGAAUGAAGGAUAUAAUAGGAGAAUUGAAUCUUCGCGCACGGUCUAUGCUGCAUCGCCCGGUGCGGAGGGAGAAUUUGCACUUCGGAAAGGCAGACCGCGCAAGUUCCCGGACUCCACGCUGUCAGGAACGACGAAAUCAAGAAGCUACCAAAUCAAGCGAAAAUCGCUGCCACAGGAAACCGAGACUUGUCACACUGUUCAGGCGUUAUUGUUGGCCGUUUCUGUUUUGGUGCUGAGCUUCUAUGACCUACGACAUGGUCGUACUGUCUACAGCCUCCUGGAGAACGGAAGUGCCGUUACUGGAUUUGUUUCAUCUCACAGAGCAGUGAUUACUUUGAAUCGAGGAUACUCGGCUCCUUAUUCCUUGGUAUCCUCCGUUGCGGCUUGUAUGCUUCUAUAUUCUUUGAUAACGAGAAAAGCACGAUGGAGUCUACCCACAUUGGUUUUGUCAAUGGCCGAUUUUGUCUGUGACUUUGGCGAUGCUGUUGUUGCCACAUGGUUGUUCUUUAGCUAUCUUAAAUUCCCUGUGGCUUUGACAUAUGUCACUUGUGCUGCGACUGUUGUUGCUGCAGAACUGUGGGUUUGGAUGGGAGUCCUUCGACUCUAUGAAAGAAGAACUUUCGAAUGAGAAUAUUUCAGAACAAGAUUCCUUUAAAUCCUGGGAUUAAAAUCUUUUAUGAUAAUUACAAACAUGGCUUUUGU